CGGUAUAUUUUAUCUUUGGGUUCAUUAUCAUACUAUUUUUUGCGUCCUUAUAUUUUGUAAUGAAAAUACAGAUUAAUCUUCCAUGUUAAAAACAAACGAGUUUUUUAACUAGGAGGAAGACUCAAAUGUUGAAAACAUUACCACUAGUCACGUAGUAUUCAUUUAUUUGAUCUUGAUUGGCUUUGUUACUUUUAACACAACGACGGCAACAACAUGGCUUCCGCGUCUGAUAUUGAAAAAACAUUGGUUGCAAACAUUGGAAACUUUGAAAAGAUUCAAAAUUUUCUCAACGACAAAGAAAAGUACAAGGAAGUGUUAGAAAAUAGCGAAAACUUCAAUACUCGUUUAUGCAUUGAAAGACGUCUUCGUAUGCCCUUUCUGGACCCCCAGACUGGUGUUGCACAGACCCAUUGUGCUCUCUUCAUGAAAAAAAAGCAACGUAUGCCAGGAUUUCGUCAUGGACAGAUAUACACCUACCCAUCAUCACGUUGGCGCAAGCCUAAGCGUCAGUAUUUACUUAACCCGAAUCAAAGCUACCGUGCUUAUCAGUACCGCGAACACCAUCUUCAACACUCCCACCAUCAACCACAUCCGCAUCAUCACCACCAUACACCAGCGGUUGGGGCUGCAGUGGCACGUGAUAUCCAUCAGAUUGAGAGUCCAGCUAUUGUUGCUGCUGAUGGUAAUUCCAUGGGAGCAUCAGGAGAUAACGACAGCAAAGACUCUCAUGCAAACGCCGAGAAGGAGUGGUUUCAUGAAGACUUGGAGUCAUCGCAUUAUCAUCAUGGUGAUGACUUUGAGGACGAUUUUGAUUCAGAUAACGACUUUGACGAGUCAUACACUAGUCGGGGCAAACGGAAACGAGGAUCUCGCCCUCGACGGUCCAAUGCCAUUGCAGAGGGCACACCAAAACGUGGUCGCAAAGGUGGUGGUAAUCGUCGUAGGAACAUUGUUGAAGGAGAAACUGAUCGUAGGCGUCGUGGUGCUGGUGGAAAUAAUGCAAAUACAUCUGCAGCCGCAGCCGCAGCUGCCGCAGCGGUGGCACAUGCAGCUAGCACGGCGGCAGCUGCUGCGACAGGUAAUAUCUAUGCAUCCCACUCCAACUCCGCGUCACCCAUUCCCACAAACGAUGAAUCUUCGCAGUCAGCACUGCUCAUGCCAACGAACAAUAUAUCUUUGUCAUAUGAAAAAAAUUUAAGUGAUGCUGGAGCUUCCAAUGACUCAAUUCCUUUAGCGACUAUGACUGGUGUGGCAGGAGGCAUGAGCAUGGGAUUGGUUUCAGCAACAUCCAACGCCUCUAGUGCUCCGGCAGUGUAUGCUGCAGCGAAUCAUUCGUCUUCAACUGUUGGAGCUAGUCCCAAAAAAGUGAAGCAACGCGUUGAACGCGACAUCGCUCAACCAUCUCCAUACUGCGAUUUUUGCCUCGGCGAUCAACGGGAAAAUAAGAAAACCAAUAUGCCCGAAGAACUUGUGUCGUGUUCAGAUUGCGGUCGUUCAGGCCAUCCAUCGUGUCUUCAGUUCACAGCGAAUAUGAUUAUAUCAGUAAAACGUUAUCGCUGGCAAUGCAUUGAAUGCAAGUACUGCUCUAUUUGUGGGACCUCCGAUAAUGACGACCAGCUACUAUUCUGCGACGAUUGCGACCGUGGCUACCACAUGUACUGCCUUUCACCACCGCUCAUCACUCCACCAGAGGGUUCUUGGAGCUGCAAACUGUGCAUGGAGGAGUUCCACAAGGAUGCAUAAUUUAAUGUUAAGAUAAUUGUACCACUGGAUGAAUACAUAACGUACGCCGCAUCCAUACAUACAAGUCCUUUACUGAAUUAAUUUAUAUUGGCUAGCAAUUUUACCUAAAUCCUAUUAACAUUGCAUUUCAUUUCUAAUACUAUUUGUAAGUGGAGCCAUGAAGUAUUUCUUUUUAGUAUUCUAUGCGGUUUUUUGAAGUAAUAUAUUUAUGUAUGUCUAAAAUAAGGUUCAUAUUGUCAAUGUAAUCGUAAUAUUAUUUA